AUGUCUACAGAGAUUGCUCAUCUGCGACGGAGGCUGGUCGAAUUCCUGAUUCAAUCCACUACUCAACUCAAAUUUCCUCCGAUCGUUAAAUACUCAGCUCUAUCUCUCUUCCUCGAUCGAUUUCGCCCGUCAGUAGUCAGGUUUAUACAGAAGAAGAAAGCAGAACAUUGGCUAUUACAACCAUUGACAGAAAGCAAUCUGCAGCUAUUUGUAUUAAUCUCCAUAUGGAUCUCGUGCAAGAUGCACUGUUCUCGUGGCUUAUCGGUUCAAAGUCUGAAAUCCUUGGGUGAUAAGAUGAUUACAGAGCAACUCUUCACGGUUCGGGAUUUCCUGGAAGCAGAACUAGUUUUUCUGAAGGUUUUGAGAUUUGAGAUUGGCACUUUAAAUAUAGCUUAUACACUGCUUGAAGACCUUUUUAUUCAGUUCAAAGAAGUUGCAAAGGUUGGAGAAUCUUUGAACUUUGAAGCAUGCAUGGAUAUGAUGGAUCUUCUUUACGAGAAGGAGGAGACAUCCCUUCUUUAUCAUUCUCCAACAUCUUUGGCUGCUUCCAUUUUGGUCUCUUCUUACGUAAUAACCGUGCCUAAACAGCGGUGGGAGUUUCCUAUUCUACCAUGGGUUAAAAUGGUGACAAAUAAGGAAGAAAAGGAUGUGGUGGAGCUUGUUGGAUACAUACUUGCUCAUGUCCUUUACUCUCACCCUUCCUAACUCCUUAAACCCUACAGGUACACGCAUCUCUAGUUCCUUCUUAUCUACUUCUUUUGUUAAGCACAAUUUAAAAUUAAAAUGAAGUGUUUUUAUAUGA